AUGGAUAAACAACCACAACAAAAAGGAAUUGAAGAGGCUGAAGAUAAAUCAAGUCUAUUACUGUCAGAUCAAGAAAUUAAACUAAUUCCAAGUAGUCAAAAUCAUAAAAUUACUAAAAACUAUGUAUCAACUGAUGCUAGAAGGAGUAAAAUAACAAUUAGAGACCUAUUAAUUGAAGUGUUAAAUAAAAUAAUACCCUCAGUUACCAAUCCUGAACAUGGUGCAGACCUUUUUGGCUUCACAUAUAUUAAUGCAUUAUCAACAAGAGAAAAGGUUGAGUUAUUAAUCUCAUGUGGUCAUCAAAAUAUUGCGUCGGUUCUGGGGUAUAUGGACAAGUUGUUAGUCUUGUUUCAAAGACCAAAUAGAACCGAUACUUCAUGGAGUUUUAUUACAUUGAGUUUUUACAUCCUAUACAAAUUAUUGAAAGAAAAUAAAUUUCCAUUUGAGCUAAUUGGGCCAUUAUCAAUGGGUUCAGGAAAGAGCCUACAUUUAUAUCCUUUCAGUUGUCAAAUAAAUGUUGCUGAUCAAGCUGAACUUCUCAAGCUAAAUUUAAGUCAUAUAACAAUCCCACUUCGAAAGUAUUUAAUUACUAGUUAUAAACAUUUUGAACAUAAAAGAAUAUUGAAAUUUUUGAAACUAUGUGAUGAAAAAUCUCUUACUCCAAUACAUAACCAUUAUUACGUUGAAUCUCCGUGUUGGGUAGAAUUAAGUUUCAAUAAGUUGGAAUGCGCAAUAGAAAUGGAUCAAUUAAUAAAAUUAAACAAUAAUAAAAAAUGGAAUCCUUAUGUAUUCAAAUUUCAAUUAUAUAACCCAGUGGGUUUGCAAAAGAGAACGGAUGGUGUUGAUAAUUACAUCUUUUUCCCCGUUAAAAAACUUAUGAACAUGGUCAACUUCGAAUCGAUUAUUAAUUUAAAUAUAGAUUUGAGUUUAGUUGAUUUAUUUUCAGAAAAUAAUGCAGAACAAUUGUUAGGCUUAGAUUUGAAAAAUUUACAAGUAUUAAAUUUAACAGUUCACAGAAGUUUCAAUUUGGAAAAAUUCAUUUUGUAUUUAAAACCAAAUCAAUUAACAAAUUUUCGUUUGACUAUAAUAUUAAAUCACAAUUCAUCUAUAAAUCAAAGAGUAAAUAUGAUUGAAGAUUUCGAUAGAGAUUCAAUCAAAACAAAACUUUUAAAAUAUGUUUCACCAGGUGGUCUGGCUUCUGUUCAUUUUAAAUAUAGAACAUGA